AUGUCGCAUGAUGUUAACAUACGCAGUUUCGAUGUGAGUUAGUUAACAUCUCAUAAAGUUAACUGUUGGUUGAAAAAUAGUUUUAUGUGUGAAACUAAAUACACAAUUAUUUCUUGUGUUGAUAAUUUGCAUUAACGAUUAACUUCAAAAUGAAGCAAUUUCACACAUUCAAUCUUAUAAAGCUUUUCGUGCACGUGUUGAUCGUUGAUAAUAGCUACACGGCAGAAGCAUUUUUCAACAUCAAAAAUUAUUAUCGAAUUUUACCCGGGCUGAAGCAGCUUAAAAACCUUAGACAUGGAAUUCUUCCAGGCACGCUUUGGUGCGGUUUUGGAAAUAUUGCUCACAACGAUUCUGAAUUGGGCGUAUACAGAGACCUAGACAUGUGUUGCAGAGCACACGAUCGCUGCGACGAUUCGAUAAAAUCUAAAACUACAAAAUACGGAUUAUAUAACAAAUACAUCUGUAGAAGUUCAUUAUGCGAGUGCGAUUUGCAAUUUUAUGAUUGUUUGGUGCAAGUCCAUGGUUUAUAUGCAUCCUUUGUGGGAAAAUUGUAUUUUAAAAAAUGCAAGCAAUGCUUCCGUGUCUAUUAUAAUCCUGAAGCAUGCGUAGAAGAAGGUCUCGAUAUGAACGAAGGGAUUGAUCGUAAAGGUAAUCGCGUUUUCUGUGCGAAAUUUGACCAAAAUCCAAAAUGGAAGCACCGACAUAAUACCGUCACUCUGCCGGAUCUGGAUGAAAAUUGGGAUGAUGAACUAUACGAAACAGUGGGGCAAUCCGCUUUAGAAUCCUAUUCUGCAAAGGAUAGAAAAGAUUCCAGCAAUGAAGACGAUUUUGUUUAUAAAAACUAUGGUGCGAUCAGAGAUAAUGAUUAAUGCAUUUGAAUAAUUCUGCAAAAGGCAUUAUUUCAUCUUAUAUUAAAUAAAAAUUAAACUUUAUAGUUUUAAAGUUCUAACUUCCUUAUAUAAGUUUUAUAUUUUACAAAAACUUGAUCAAAAAGUAUUAAUUAAAUACUUUCCAUAUUAA